AUGUCGACCAGAUACUCUCUCCGGCAGACGCCAAAAAAAAAGGAGCCCUUCGCUGGAAUGGUAGAGACCCCUACAGUCCGCCGCUCUUCUCGUCGCCAAUCCUCGGUUCCCGCUGAAGCUUCAGACGUCGAGUCUACCUCGGCCACAGAAAAGCCCGCCCGUCCCACUCGUCGCCGCACUGCUCGUUUCUCUGAAAAUAUGGACGACGACGUUGAGGUGAAGUCGACUGCCGUUGAUGCUGGAAAUGCCAACGGUGUCAAGCGAAAUGUUGAGCCUACGCCCGCCGCCACCAAGCCCGAGGUCAAGGUCACGCUGGUUGAUGGCUGGAAGCCUGGACAAGACCCCAAGAUUGACUACUCUGGCGAGUUCGAAUUUGGAGGCUCGUUCGGAACCCUCUCUCUCAUGAUCUUCUUCCCUGUGCUCAUGUGGUAUAUGUGGAUCGGUGCUACCUACUAUGAUGGCAAGAUCCCCACACGAACACCUGGCCAGAGCUGGUCUGACUUUGGUGCUCACCUCGUGAACUUGAUCUACACUGGUGCUUUCCCUCAUACCAAGGCAUGGGUCUGGUACUGGAGCUAUCUCAUUUUCGAGGGUGCCUGCUACUGCCUUCUCCCUGGUGUUUGGGCCUAUGGCAAGCCUCUUCCUUUCGAAGGAGGUAAGCAGCUGCCAUACUACUGCAACGGCUAUGUGAGCUUGUACUUCAGUCUUGCUAUCCUGGCCAUCCUGCACUUUACUGGCAUCUGGCCCGUGUACAAUGCCAUUGACGAGUUCGGCCCCUUGUUGUCCGUCGCUAUCUUCAGCGGUUUCCUCGUUGCCAUUGUGGCCUACUUUUCUGCUCUGUACAGAGGCAAGCAGCACCGCAUGACCGGAUACCCAAUCUACGAUUUCUUCAUGGGAGCUGAGCUCAACCCUCGCAUGUUCGGCAUUCUCGACUUCAAGAUGUUCUUCGAGGUGCGCAUGCCUUGGUACAUUCUCCUCAUCCUGAGCCUGGGUGCUGCUGCUAAGCAGUACGAACAAUACGGCUACGUUUCUGGAGAGGUUGCCUUUGUCGUCAUGGCUCACUAUCUCUAUGCGAAUGCCUGUGCCAAGGGCGAGGAGCUCAUUGUUACUACCUGGGAUAUGUACUACGAGAAAUGGGGCUUCAUGCUCAUCUUCUGGAACCUGGCUGGUGUGCCCCUUUCGUACUGCCACUGCACCAUCUUCCUCGCAAACCAUGACCCUGCUGAGUACCGAUGGAACCGAUUUGCUCUUGUCCUCUUCUACGCCGCCUACCUGUUCUGGUACUGGGUUUGGGACAGCUGCAACAGCCAGAAGAACCGCUUCAGAGCCAUGGAGAGCGGCAAGGUGGUCUGGCGCAAGACCUUCCCCCAGGUUCCCUGGCAGACCGUCCACAACCCCAAGACUAUCGUCACGCCUCAGGGAACUAUCCUUGUCGAUGGAUGGUACGGCCUUGCCCGCAAGAUCCACUACACCGCUGACGUUUGGUUCUCCGUUUCUUGGGGCCUCAUCACCGGAUUCAAGAGCCCCUUCCCAUGGUUCUACCCCGUCUUCUUCUGCUGCAUGAUCGCCCACCGUGCAGCUCGUGACAUUCACCGCUGUCGAACCAAGUACGGCGACGCCUGGCUCGAGUACGAACGACAAGUUCCUUUCCUCUUCAUUCCCUACGUCAUUUAA